AAAUGAAGUCCUUAGUCUUAUUGAUAAUAGCGACGGUUGUGAUACAGCUAUCCCCGCAGGCUGUAUCAGGAACGUUUGUGGGGAAUAAACCAGCCAAACGAGAGCAUGUUUAUUCUAUGGAAGAAACACAUUGUGAUUGUGAAGAAGAUGAAGUUGAAGAUAUUGUGUUAGCACCAGGUCAAGUAGCCUGUGAUGAAUCCGAAUGUCGAAACGAAUGGCUAUCUAAUUUGUUUGAAGACACUGAAUGUGAAUGCGACGAGCAGGAUGAUUCAGAAGGCUCUGGUGGAUCAGGUGGUGAUGGUGGAUCCGGUGGAGACGGUGGAUCAGGCGGAGACGGCG